UCCGCCAUUGAGAGGACACACGAUCUGAGAUAGAAACAGUUCGGAGGCAGUCACACAGACGACAGUCACGUUUCUCUAUAUCCCGAGCUCUGAAGUUCGACGGUUGCUCUGCUUCUUUUAGCUGAACAUCUAUUUACUGCGUCUUUUCUUAUAUUACGGCGUCCUUUUUUCUCGCGAGAGACGUUGAUGGACCCUCACAGUACCGAACGGAUAUUUUAGUCUAGGGCGACGAGAGCGAGCGUGUCCCUCAGCGCGAAGCCUGUUAGCGGGUUAAGCGAACCGAGCCUGGCUCUGCUCCGGGGCCAGCGUGCCUACAGCAGCUCAGCGUUUGAUGGAUCCUAGAAUCGCCUGGUUUCAACCAGAACAGCGCGGACCUGCCAACAACCUGUGGAUGCACGUCUGGGAAACGACACAGACGCUGGGAAAUCUCUACUUGAACAACAACUGCAACACAGCCAGUGCCAAACAGACCAACAACAGCAGCGAGCCCACGGAUCAGCAGGGGAUGUCUAGAUCCAAACCCGACAGUGAGGUCGCCGAACAGCUUAACUUCAUCCCGCUGGAAACGAAUAACAAUAAUAACAGCAGGGUUGUGGUGGGCAUUGGAGUCGGCGGAGGGGGGCCAGUAGGUGGAAGUGAGGUCGUGGGAUUGGGAAAGGGGAUCCCCAACAAGAGGAAAAGAGACAACAAGGCGAGCACCUUUGGCUUUAAUAGGAGUCUGCUGCUGACAGCUGGGGAGGAGCAGAUAUACACGGGCACGCCGUGGAAGAAACGAAACUACUUCGAGGGCAUAGUGGGGCUACAUGAAGAGAUAAAGGACUUCUAUGACUAUAUCUCUCCUCGUCCAGAGGAAGAGCGCAUGAGGCAUGAGGUGGUGGCCAGGAUCCAGAGAGUCAUCAAGGACCUGUGGCCCAAUGCCGAGGUUCAAGUGUUUGGCAGCUUCAGCACAGGCUUGUAUUUACCUACAAGUGACAUAGACUUGGUGGUGUUUGGGAACUGGGAGACUUUGCCUCUUUGGACUCUUGAAGAGGCGCUACGCAAGAGACAGGUUGCAGAUGAGAACACCAUCAAAGUCCUGGACAAAGCAACGGUCCCAAUCAUUAAACUGACAGACUCAUGCACAGAAGUCAAAGUGGACAUUAGCUUCAAUGUGCACAGUGGUUUGAAAGCUGCAAACCUCAUCAAGGACUUUAAACAGCAAUACCCCGUGUUACCGUAUUUGGUGUUGGUUUUAAAGCAGUUUUUACUGCAAAGAGAGCUGAACGAGGUUUUCACUGGCGGAAUCGGAUCAUACAGUCUGUUCCUCAUGGCUGUCAGCUUCUUGCAGCUGCACUGCCGAGAGGAAGUGAGCAGUCCAAAUCCAAACCUGGGCGUGCUGCUGAUCGAGUUCUUUGAGUUGUACGGUCGGCAUUUUAACUACUUGAAGACUGGGAUCAGGAUCAAAGAUGGCGGCUCGUAUGUGGCUAAAGAUGAAGUGCAGAAAGGCAUGUUGGAUGGGUACAGACCCUCUAUGCUUUACAUUGAGGACCCUUUGCAGCCAGGAAAUGAUGUUGGACGGAGUUCUUAUGGUGCGAUGCAAGUGAAAGAGGCUUUUGAUUAUGCCUACGUUGUCUUGAGUCACGCUGUAUCCCCCAUUGCCAAGUUCUACCCCAACAACAAGUCUGAGAGCAUUCUAGGGAGAAUAAUCCGUGUCACCCAGGAAGUAGCAGAGUAUCGUGACUGCAUCAGUAAACACUGGGUCCAGCAAAGCAACAAUGAGCAUGUCCUCAACUGUAAUGGAAAUGAGGUCAAUCUGCUAGUUGAGACUGAGGAACUUGAUGAGUGUAAUAAUAACUUUUCAGAGGACGUUGUGGUGCUUCCUCCAGUCCCACGGAGUAAAGUGUCAUCCAAUUCCUCCUCUCCUUCCCCCUCUUCACCUUCAUCACCAUCACCCUCAUCAUCGUCUCCAUCUUUAACUGCUUCCAGCUCAAGUGAUGGGGACUCUGAUGGAACGCCCUAUAAGACAGUGAAAGCGCUGAGUGGGCGGGGCUCAGAGAGCACAGAGAGAAAUCUGUCCAAUCACAGAUCACAGAAUCAUUCAGCGACAAUACCAACUCCCACUAAUAAGGGCAGUAAGAACCGACAGCGUGUUAACAAAAGCUCUCAAGGGCCACAGAACAACCCCAACAAGAUGCAACAAAACAGCAGGCCUCAUCACAAGGCCAAUGUAAAGAAGAGGAAACCUCAGCGUGAGGUAGCGCACGAGGACCUGUGUAGAUAAGAGGCGCUGCUCUUGCAGACUCGCAACCUGCUCUUACUUCUCUGACCACAGAUUGGUGCUGGUGGUAUCAUUUAUCUCUCUUGUCCCACUGUUCAGGGACUGCGUGACUUUGUAGCUGGAAAAGAACAAAAAAAGAUGGGGUUUAGUCCACUGAAUUUAAAUCAUGUGGGAGAGUUUCGGCCUGGACUCCACUGGCUUCUGCACAGCUUCUGUUCACUGCCUAUAGAGGAGCUGCUCUGCUCUGCUGAAGGACUCUCACUGGCAUUGUGGAGGACCUGAGAACACAGGAGAGAGAGAAUUUAACUUGAGCAAUACCUUGUGCCCCAGACUUUUGCCUCAGAGAGGAAAACUGAAAAGACUUAAACGACAAAAAAAGUUAUAUUAAGGAUUUUUAAAUGUCUAAGAAACAAGAUGUUGUUAUUAGUACAAAAAGAAAUUAUGCAUGUUUUUUUUUUUUUUUGAAGAGUGGUUAUUUUUGGUCGUAUAAGAUAAUAUUUGUAUGAGAAAAAAAAAACUUACAAAACACACAAAAGCAUAAAAAAAGGAUAAAAGAAAAAUAUAUGAUCAAACUUGGAAAUGGUUUCAUAAGACUUUUAUAGCAUUGUUCAAUUUUGCCCAUGCUAUUGAUAUAAACAUUAAAAUGAUAGUUCACCCAAAAAUGAAAAUUCUGUCAUCAUUUCCUCACCCUCAGAUCUGUAAAUUUCUUUGUUCUGCUAAACACAAAGGAAGAUAUUU